ACCGUACACAGCCUGGCCUAGGCUUAGGCCGCAGUCUAGGCUCCAGUUUCAGAAGAACAAGUUGAAAUGGAAAUGGACUGCCUUCAAUCCCGACUUAUGGCGACCCUGUGAAUAGGGAUUUCAUGGUCCUAUGAUAUGACCAUUAAGCUGAAAUGCUCAGAAAAUGAUCCAAAGCGAUACUCAAAACCAGGUUGCUUCUGAUGAAAUAAUCAAAGAGCUGUGCACCUGUAAUGGACUAUCUUACGAUAGAAUUGAGGGAGAAGGAUCAUCAAUGACAAGCCUGGAGAUGUUUUUCUCAGGCUACCCCAAAAUAGUAGGCCUGUCCCAUUUCCCCAAUUUAACAAGGCUAGUUCUUGUCAGACAGACCAUCCAACAGAUUUCUGACCUGGAGAACUGCCCUUUACUUAAAGAGCUGUGGGUGGCUGAAUGCUGCUUGACAAAAAUUGAUGGGUUGCAAAAAUGUAUUUUUUUGCAAAAGCUUUACCUUUAUUGCAAUAUGAUUUCAAGUAUUGAAAAUCUGGAGAAGCUAACAAAGCUGGAAGUUGUUUGGCUUAAUGGGAACCAGAUUAAAGAAAUAGAGGGGCUGAUUGCACUACAGAAGUUGAAAGAUCUCAACCUCGCUGGGAAUUUAAUUAGUAAAAUUGGAUAUCGCUUGGAUCCCAGUGGAAAAAUAGAAAAGUUAAACCUGUCUGGUAACAGAAUAUGUUCCUUUAAGGAAAUCACCAAUUUGGCAAGGCUUCCUUAUUUAGCAGAUCUGUGUCUGAAUGACCCCCAGUACAAUCCCAACCCGGUUUGUCUCCUUUGUAAUUAUGCAACACACGUGCUGUACCAUAUUCCUCAGCUUCAAAGGCUUGAUACGUACGAUGUAUCCUCUAAACAGAUCAAGGAUCUGGCAGAGACCACGGUGAUGAAAAAAGUGAUGUACUACAACAUGCGUAUCAAGAGUGCUCACAGACAACUGAACGAGGAGCUUGAAAAGCUAAAGGAAAGGAAGUACAAGCUGCAGAAGUUGCCGGAAGAUCGCAUUAAGCAUUUCAGCUACAACGUCAAGCAUCUGGAACGUGAACGGGUGGAACUUCAGGCAUCCGGCAAAAUGCAGACUAGCAAAGUUGUUUCAAGCCAAAACUUUGAAUGCGAGAAAUCGGAUGGGGAGAGUUCAGUUGACAGUCCAGAUGAGACCCCGGAGGAAUCCAGUCUUGAGCAGAGGUUUAUGCAUAAAUUAGACUCUCUCAAAAGAAGAAUAAACUUCUGGAGCAAAAAACUAGAGGAAGUUGAAACGAUUUAUCAAGUAGAAGUCAAGAAGAAGAAGAAAGCCAGUAAUUUGGCAGUGCAGUUUUUGCUUACUGAACUGGAAACGGUGGGAAACACCCGCUUCGAAGAGGGGUCCCCUAGUGAUACCUGGUUUAAUUCCUGCUAUGAAUUAAUUCUAUCCCGAUUCUGUGCCUGGGACUUCAAAGCAUACGGCAUCACAGGAGUGAAAGUAAAUCGUGUCAUUAGGUUGCACAACCGGAUUCUGCGGCUGAGAUUUGAGGAGAAGUUCCAGUUCUUUUUGGACAAGGAAGAUUUAAAUGAGUCCAUAAACUACCGGAAGAUGCUGGAAUAUCUCUUCUAUGUAUCUCCCCCAGACGUGCCCUUGAAGAAAAAUCAGUUGAUCCAAAUCUUAGAAGAAGGCUUCCAGGAAACAAAAAAGGUGCCUGGAAGCAAAGAAGGCAUUCUACUCUCCAACAGUCUAAGUAUCUGUGAAUGUCCAAGGAUUGAAUAUUUGCAAACACAAGGCAGAAGCCGAGGAGACUCUGAGGAUCCAUUCAGGCGCGGGAAACUCAUAAUUGCAAAAGUCUUUCUUGGCCAUAGCACUCCAGCGCAUGAGACAGAGCCCAUCACUCAGGCCAGCUAUCCUGGGGCCAAUUCUGUCUACAGGUCUCGCAGGCCCUCCCUGAAUGCCAUCUGUACAGCCAACAGUGAGACUGUGGAUCAACAAGAGAAACCAAAGUCUUCAGAAGUCUGUUCUUCCAUGGAGUAUGAGAACUGCGACUGCAACCUUCGACAGUGCGAGUGGUUUGUCUUUGAUCACAACCUAGUUUUGCCAGAGUACGUCGUUGAGUUCGAAUACAUCACAUCGGUCAAAGUGGAAGCUCUGUUCUCGUCACUCAGCAAUGUGAUUGGGGAGGAAGGGCGGAGAAAUGCGGCAGGCUUUGUGUUGUCUCGGGAUCUACAACGGGACGAUGAAGUUUUAAGCAUGAAGCCUAUCAUUAAGCCCAAGCCCAAAAUAGUUUGCUUGGAUGAAAAAACUGUGCUAGCGGUCGCAAAGGCCAACAUUUACAGUCAGAUAAUGAUUCUGAAUCUGCACGGAAACAGGUUGAGCAAACUCCGAGAUAUCUCCAAGCUCACUGGGCUUCGCAAGCUCAUCAUAAGUUUUAAUGAAUUCACAUGCUUAGAUGACGUUUACCACUUGCCAAAUCUGGAAUAUUUUGACGCCAGCCAUAAUCAUGUGAUCACCCUGGAGGGCAUUAGAGGCUUAAACAAACUAAAACAUUUGGACUUGAGCUGGAACCAGCUGAAAAAGGCUGGGGAAGAAAUUGGCGUUUUACGGAAACACACACCAAUGGUGCUCAGUUUGGAUAUCCGACACAACCCAUGGCACAAGCCGGCUUCCGUGCGUUUGAGUGUGAUUGGCCAGCUGAGGGCUCUGACACAUUUUGAUGGAAUUUUGAUCACUGAGGAGGAGGCAGCUGCUGCUAUCCAGUUUAUGGCAGACUCUAAAAUCACUCAGGCGUCUCUAGUGGAGCAUUCUCGAACCGAUCAAGAGAGGCUGCGUAUACUUAGUGUCCUGCCAUAUGCCAAGAUCCUGACCCAGAUUAGCGAGAACAAAGUGGAGGUAUUUCAGAACAACUGGCUUUCUAGGAUCACUAUGUUAGACCUGGACGGGCAACAUCUCUGCAGGAUCAACGGCUUGGAAAAGUUAGAGAAUUUGCGGUGGGCAUCCUUUAGCAACAAUAAUCUCACUAAAAUAGAAGGGCUGGAUUAUUGCCAUAAUCUGGAAGAGCUCACAGUAGAUGGAAACUGCAUCUGCACCCUGGAGGGAAUUUCGAAGCUCUGCAAGCUCAUGAGGCUGAGCGCCAACAACAAUCACCUCACCAGCCUGGAGAGGAAUGUUUUUGAUAACUUGGUGCAUCUCCAUUACCUCUCUCUCGAGAACAACCGAAUCACCUCCCUGGCUGGCUUGCAAAAAGCCUACGCACUCAUUGAGCUUUACAUAAGUAACAACUACGUUUCCUCCAACCAAGAAAUCUAUCAACUAAAGGGGCUAAAUAAUCUGGUCAUCCUGGACAUGUAUGGAAAUCUGAUUGUUUGGAAGCAGGAUAACUACCGGCUGUUUGUCAUUUUCCAUAUCCCAUCUCUGAAAGCCUUGGACUGCAUUGCGGUGGAAGCAACUGAAAUUGAAAAUGCUAAAGAUUUAUUUGGGGGCAAACUGAAUGCUGAUAUGAUCGCAGAAAGACUGGGACAUUCAAACUUCAGCAAAAUGCAAGAAUUAAACUGGACAGCCUCUAUGAUCAGAAUGGUUGAUCUUGCACCAGCAGACCAGUUCAAAAACAUCACCAGCGUGAAUUUGCAGAACAAUAAUCUCACCUCUUUCAGUGGUUUGGUCUAUCUCCCUAAUGUCAAGGUUCUCUGCCUAAACUACAAUCAUAUUGACUCAAUCCUCCCCAGACAAAAGCCUCCAAAUCACUUAACCAACAGGCAGCUGCUGUAUCAGAAAGUGACAUCCAGUGGCUAUGGACAGCAUGGAGCUUCCAAAGGCAGCAGGGAUGGAGGAGGCAAUGAAAGUUUGCCUCCGAUAAUGGAGAGUUUAGAGGUCCUCCAUUUGGGCUACAACGGAAUUACCAAUUUGGCCUUGUUGCAGAUUAGCAGGCUAAAAAAUCUGAAGUUUCUCUUUUUACAGGGCAACGAGAUAAGCCAAAUCGAAGGGCUUGAUGGUCUGCAGCUUCUGCAGGAAUUGGUGCUAGAUCAUAACCGAGUUAAAGCAAUCAAUGAGAAUUCAUUUGCUAAACAGAGCUCCUUGGUGGCGCUUCACCUGGAGGAGAACCGCCUGAGAGAACUGAACAAUUUGCAUUGCUUGGUGAAACUGCAGAAGCUUUUCCUUGGCCUCAAUAGAAUUCAGGAUUUGUCAGAACUUGAAAAACUCGAUUGCCUUCCAUGCAUUAAAGAGCUCUCAAUAUACGGAAAUCCAGUGUCCCGGAAGAUUUGCCAUCGCCCGCUUCUUGUGUUCAACUUGCCUAACCUCCAGGUGCUGGACGGAGUAACAGUCAGCCCAGAAGAGAGGGCAAGGGCCGAAGUCCAUUUGCUAGAACAGCAAGUCUUUCCUCCUGCUAACUCUCCAAUAGAUUGUGGAUUCCCCGGAUUGCAGACUACUUUCCCCAAACCUUGUGCCAUGAGGAUAGCCAACUUUAACGUGCCUGCGGGUAUCAGCCAUUUAUACGGGGCUGAUUUUAUCUUUCCUCCUCAUACUGCUGAUGACCUGUUUGGAAGUGAGGUUAACAAAAGUAAGAAAUCAAAAAACUUAACACAGGGAACAUGCACCCCUCGGAGCGUCCAUGCAGAAGCUGCCAUCAGGCAAGCCAGAGCUGCCUCUGCUAACCUUCCAACCCACGGAACAUCACAGAGUGGUCCUUCCCGAACAACAUAAACCUACCACACCAGCAAGGAAAAUGAAG